AUGGAUUCCAAGACGGAGUUGAAGCUCGUAUCACUCGUUACUCACCUAUUGUCUCCUAAAGACAAACUGAAUUCCGACUGGGUUAUGGAUCCGAGGGUUAAUGGAUUUGAACUCGCUGCCAAAGCCAGAGUCAGAGUUCAUGUCACUCACCACUCAAAUGAUAUCUCUUUUCUGCUAUAUGGAUUUGGAUUGCCAGCCGAAGCCACUGCCGGAGCUCAUUUCACUCAUUUCUCGAAAUAUCCAAGACCUCUCUAUGUAUUUGGACAAGAAGCUGCUGUCUAA